AUGCCGAAUAAUGAACGAACGAAACUUUCAGUAGUUGUGACGGCAGAUCCUAACACGGCGAAGAUGACUGCUGCGGGAUUUCAUAUCAGAUCUUCAAUUAUCACACGCCACCUUGGCGCGGCAGGCAAUGCCAAGAGUGUGCAACGUUGUAUCUUCAAGCAGAGUGACGCGCCCUUGCGCGGUCCAAGCGGUCCACUCUCUCCUUCUCGGCGUUCUAUUUUCUUUCUUUGUAAGAAACGUAGAUCCCUGGCCGCACUGCGUUGCGCACCCUUCCUUGGAUCAACCCCGUCCACCACCUCAGUUUCUGCGUCCGGCCAAGGUCAGAGCGAACAUCUUACUUCAAUGGACGAUGGUGCUGCCUCAGACAUGCUUGCCGAGCAACUCGAAGAGAUUGAGAAGGAACGUGAGCGCUUAGUCGAGGUCGUCGAGACUGAGAAAAGACGCGAAAGAAAUGAGCUGGAACGCCGCGAUGAUCUUGAGGUGGUGGCCCAAGCCCAGGCGCAACUUGCAGUCAAAGCAUGGGAAGAAUACACACAAACUGAACAGUUCGUUGCCGAAGCGAUGGAGAAGAAUGACGCCGCUCUUGAGACUGUCGGGGAGGCCGAGCUCAAGCUUGGUGAGCUGAAACAAAAGCUGGCGGUCCUUGAGGUUGCCAUUUCCGCAGAGUGCGUCUCAGAGGAUGUUCCCUGCGUCGAGGAAGCACUUGUCGCCGUCGCUAAAAACAACCUCGAUGAUGAUUCAGCCGCUAAAAAUGCGAGUCGAGCGAAAGAAAACCCCACGGGAGCUUCUUCAGACGAGAAGGAGAAGUAUGGAAUCAUUGACUCAUUGCCCAUAAUAAGGAGAGCUGAGCUAUGGUGGAUCAACGAUGGCGUCGAAAUGGAAGAGGCCCUCCAGAUGAUUCUUGGUAACAUCGAAAAGGCCGAAACCGCGUAUGAGAAGGCCAAAGCAGACCGAUCUCGAGCUGAGGAGUUUAGCGUUGGAGUUGCAAAGUCUGCUCGAGAAGCAGAAGAGCUCGCCAAGGCUGCAGAUAAACGCGCCGACGAUGCUAUGGCACUUGUUCAGUCCACCAUGGAGACUGCGGUCGCAGCUCGUAUCGCCGCAGCCGCAGCAGAAGAAGAGAUUUCUACACUGGAUAAGAGAGUCAGCGCGUUGUUGGGUGAAAAGAAUGACAGCUCGCUGUCACCAAGUGAUGAACAGGAUGCUGUGUGGGUAAUGACUAGUCUUGAUUGUGCUGAAAAUGAUGACGAGUGCAAGGAAAGUGCCGCCGCUGCGUUGGAUGCUGUCAAGAUGAUUCCUGCAUCGAUUGAUGCCAACAUUGACAUCAUGGAGAAAGAUGUCAUCACAAAAGAAAAGAAAGACCGGGAGGAUGGAAAGGCAGAGGUUGAAAAGGAGAAGGUUGAGAAACCCAAGGUUGCAGCCUCCUCUAAGCAGUUUGCAGGCAAAUGGUUUUCAUCGGAAACAACUGAAAUGAAUGCCGUUGGCAUUGCGGCUGUUUUGGGCCUAGGUCUUGCCGUCGGUUCUCUGACACCAGGUGCAGCUCCUGUUCGCCAGGCCAUGUCCAACAGCUCUUCACAAGUCGCCACCUCUUUAAAAAAAGGUUGGACCACCAUCACGCUUAUGAUUCCCGAAAGCGAGCGCAAGAUUGCAGAACACGCCGCACAUGAAGCUCACGAAGCGGGUCUGACUGACGCCCUCGUUCUGCUAUUCGCCUCCAUCCUGGCUGUCACCCUUGUUUCCAAGAUUCCUGGUGGUUCUCCCGUGCUCGGUUUCCUUCUUGGAGGUGCUGCUGUAGGUCCAUACACAACUGGUCUUGUAGGCCACGUGGCACAGGCGCAAGUCCUUGCAGAAUUCGGCGUGGUUUUCCUUCUCUUCAAUAUAGGACUUGAACUAUCCCUGGAGCGUCUCCAGUCCAUGGCUAAGUACAUUUUUGGCAUGGGCUCAGCACAGAUGGUGAUGACAACGAUGUUGUGCGCCGCCGCUGCAAUCGCAUGCGGACUCACAAUCCCACAAUCCGUCGUUGUCGGCAUGGGUCUUGCAUUUUCCUCAACGGCAGUCGCUUUACAAGUACUUCAGGAUCGUGGCGAAGCUGGUACGCGGCAUGGCCGUGGCACUUUUUCUGUACUACUCUUCCAGGAUCUCACCGUUGUGCUGGUCUUUAUGCUUGUUCCGCUACUUGCAGGCCCUGAUAGUGGCUCAGUCGCCGCAAUCAUAGGGUCAUUGGCGAAGGCGAUUGUCAAAACGGUAGCAGCUAUCGGUGCUAUCAUGACAAUCGGUCGGACUAUUCUUCGGCCCAUCUACAGCCGCAUUGCCAAACUCGGCAAAGCUGAGGUGCUCACCGCUACAACACUGUUUACCGCACUUGGAACCUCCCUCCUCACUCAGUCAAUCGGCCUUUCCAUGGCGCUCGGCGCUUUCUUGGCGGGUUUGCUUCUUGCAGAGACAGAAUUCCAUCUGCAGGUAGAAUCUGAUAUUGCACCGUUUCGCGGCCUUCUUUUGGGUCUCUUCUUCAUGACUGUUGGCAUGCAAAUCGACCCAACGACACUCUUUGCUAAUUUCAAUACAAUCGUCACGAUUGCUUCCGGACUUUUGGCAAUCAAAAUGUGCGUCAUGGCGAUUUGUGGCCCGGCAUUUGGGUUGAAUCUACUCGCAUCUCUACGCGCGGGUGUGUACAUUGCUCCCGGGGGCGAGUUCGCCUUUGUGACCUACGGUAUUGCAGCGGCCGCGGGUCUUCUGUCUCUGGACAUUGUGAAUCAAAUAAACCUCGCGGUGGUGCUCACUAUGGCGGCUACUCCUAUGCUUGCCAACGUCGGUGCCAACUUGAAAAAGUUGUUGAAAAAGGAAGAUUCUGUCGCGAGUCUGCAGGCAAAGGAGGGUGAUGUGGAUGACCUGAGCGGACAUGUAAUCAUAGCUGGAUAUGGGCGUGUUGGCCGGAUGAUAGGAGAGCUUCUCAGCGAGCAACUCAUUCCAUUUGUUGCUGUUGACGUUAGUGCCGAGGAUGUUCAGAAGGGCAGGGACAUGGAUGCGCCUGUGUACUUUGGUGAUGCUGGCUCUCCUGCGGUCUUGCAUGCGGUCGGUGCAGAGAAAGCGUCUUGCGCCGUAGUCACACUCGACUCUCCGGGUGCAAACUACCGCACAGUUUGGGCUCUGAACAAGUACUAUCCAAACAUCAAAGUAUAUGUGCGGGCCCGUGAUAUUGAUGACGGUUUGGCACUUGAAAAGGCAGGUGCCAAGGCUGUUGUGCCAGAGACGCUGGAGCCGUCUCUUCAACUCGGUGCCGCCGUUCUGAAUGAGAUGGAGAUGUCCAACGAGGAUAUAUCGAUCGCCGUCGACAACUUUCGUCGCAGCCACAUGGGGGAUCUGCAGAUGCUCGCUAAUAGGUCUGGAAGCGCUCUUGGCUAUGGGCUUCCGUCUAACCUUGAAGCGCUAAAAUCGUACGAUGCUGGAGAGGAAGGUAGUGUUGGUAAGGACAUCGAUAACGUUUGA